AUGCCACUCGUCCCCGAAGACAUCCUCCAACGCAUCCGCGACGCCACCGACAUCGUCGACUUGGUCUCCGAGCACGUCCAGCUCACCAAGAGGGGCCGUAACUUUUUCGGCGUCUGCCCCUUUCACGACGAAAAAUCCCCCUCUUUCAGCGUCGACCCCGACCGCCAGAUCUACCACUGCUUCGGCUGUGGCGUCGGGGGCAAUGCAUUCAAGUUUAUCCAAGAGAUCGACCGCGUCACUUUUGUCGAAGCGGUCAAAUUCCUCGCCGAGCGCGCCGGCGUCGCCCUGCCCGAGCGUUCGGGGCCAUCGCGCGAGGAAGACUGCGGCCGCCGACGAACUCUACCGAGCCAACGACCUAGCGCAAAAGUACUUUCACCAUCUGUUGCUUAA